AUGGACACAGCGGAUCGCGUUCUUCCAGAGCUUCAGCGUGAGGUUGCCCAGGUUGAGCCCCUGCGGCAUCAGAUAGCUGUCUUUCAGGGUGAUUUGAGUGCAUACCAUCUUGAGGUCGAGGCUUUGCGUGCAGAAGUUAGGGCCUUGCGUGAUCAGAUCGUCCCUUUGCAAGAGGCCCACAUUCGUGCUUCUGCCCGCCUGCAGCCCCGCCUUGUGCAUCCUGCUCCAGCCAUUGAAACCUUGACGGAGCGGGUGUUGCAUAACCAGAGCUGUUUUCAGUUUCUUGUUGUGGCGUUGCAGAGAACCUUCCCUCACGUUCAGUGGCAGUCCCUCCACGAGGUCCUUCGCAAGGCUCGUCUUGAACCAGGGGUCAAGCAGUCAUUGGACAGGGAAGCAGUUGUGCGGCGAUGGUUGUGCGUGUUGUUGCAUGAUACCAGUGCAUCUUCAUUGGGCCAGAUGCUUGCGGGGAGUGCGUGUGAUGGUGCCGAGCUUGUGUCUGAGACGUUUGAGGGCAAAGCAACAAGUACCCUUCUGAAAAGAGUCCGCUGCAUCGGGAAAUACGUGCAUUGGGCGUCGGACAAUGGGUGCGAUGCUUUCCCCUUCUCAAUUGAGAAGAUCCGGAGUUACCUCAAGGAUGCUAUUUCGGGUAACAAGAAGAGUGCCAUCCGGGAUUUUGCAAGCUCCUUGAAUUUUUGUCGCUUUGUGUUGGGGUUUCAGGUGAGUGAUGAUGUGACUUCACACCCGUGGUUCAAAGGGACGAUGAGAUUUGCCAACAUCCGGCUCCGGGAUGCCCACCGAUCACGGACCUUGACUGUGAAGGAGGUGAAGCAUCUUGAAGAGGCCUUGAUCGGGGGCCGUUUGGACCGUUUUGAUCGAUAUGCGCUCGGAGUUAUGUUGUUUCAGCUGUAUGCUCGAGCCCGAGUGUCUGAUUUGCGUAAUCUGUUCAAGGUUUACCUGGACAUAACCGGGGCAGAAGGGUAUAUCGAAGCACAUACGUACGAGCACAAAAGCCGUCGCAUUACCAGUGGACCCAGUGCUGUCCUCAUACUGGUGGCCCCGAUCCAGGGGCUCGCCUCCCAGCCUUGGGGGCUUGCUUUUGUUCAGGCUGCCAAAGAUGUUGGGUUUGACUUUGAGAAGGGUUUCAGAGGCCCGCUGUUGCCCCGUUUUGCCAGCGAUUACACUUGGUCAGGGGAUGCGGUGGAUGCUGCUGAAACCACAAGGUGGCUGAAUGGCAUCCUCAAGGCGCUGAUGGGCGAAGUCCUUGAUGGUCUAACGAGCCAUGGCCUGAAAGCCACAACACUUUCGUGGGUGACAAAGGCAAAUUACGGGGCGGGCCCGUUGAGAGACUUGUGUGCAUGCUUGAAAUCGAUCAGAGUGGGGGUCUUCCUUCCAGACUUGACCCGCAGUGGCAUGAUCAGGGAGCACGCUGAGUCGCAUGACGAGUUCCCGCGUAGUUUUGCUUCUCGUCCCCCCUUCCAGCCGUCCUUUGCACCGUCCUUCAGUGUUGCUGGCCCUGCAAAUGACACGGCGCCCGACGAGGCAGCACUUUCUGAAGGGGGGGCUUCAGCGUUAAGUUUGGAUCGAGCUCCCGGUUUCCAGGAAGGUGAGAUUGAGGUUGCCAGGGAGGCCGAGGAAGAUGCAGUCUUCGGUGGCGUGAGCCCAGAUCGUGUGUGCGAGUCAGGUUCCUUGGAGUCUUCUAGCGACAGUGAAUCAUCGGGCUCAUCCGACGAGCCGGUUGAUUAUGAUGGAUUCCUCCGAGGCUUCGAGGUGCAGGUGGGGUUGCCAGAUGAUGCCUUGCAACGGCUGCUUGACCAGGGCGUCGACACUUUGGCCAAACUGGCGUUUGCCCCUGGUCAUCCCGGGGAGUCCCCCAGUGACGAAAAACUCAAGGCCUUAGUUGCUCCAGUCGCUGCAGCCGGAGGUGCAGGAGGUGCCGAUCCCUCUCUUGGUACCGUCGCCGCGGUACGCCGGUUAGUCUUCGAAGCACAAACGUUGGUUGUCAAUGAGACCAAGUGCCUAGUUGAGAAUAAAGAAGAGCAGCCCAAAGAAUUGCCUCCGGCAGAACGGCGUGAUCGCCUGCAGAAGCAAGCUGCCCGCCUUGCAGGUGUUGACUUGUCUGGUGUCAACGAGUGUUCGCAUGCAAGCUAUGACCUUUGCCUGAAGCUGAUCUCUGACAACUGUGUCUCGUAUCUUCAGCCUUCGAAGUUUACCUGCCGGCAGGCGGAACUGCGUAUGGACAAGCCCCGCAAGGAACUUGAUGUUGCAGCCCCGGGAUCCUCCUCUUCCGUGCUCCUUAUCAAGGACCGCGCUGCAGAGCAGCGUUGCGACGUGACGCAUGCCCUUGAUCUAUUCCAGGCCCUGCACCGUCGCGCGUUGGCCAUGGACCUUGUUGGACUUAGCACGUAUGCUCGCGUGCAAGAGUGGAACUCCUUUCUUAUGAACCACCUGCAGCAGCCUGUCCUGGCAGGAUACCGCAGCCCCACUGUUCAGCAACUCCUUCACGCUGAUAGAGCUGCCUGGGUCCGUUUGUCCGAGUUAACCCCAGCCGGGGUGCGUCGCAAGGCUACAGGUGAAUUGCCGUUGGAUAGCCUCUGGGCUGAUUUGCAGAAGGACCCGCGCGUGGUCUUUCAUCUUUUGCCGCUUCCUGACUCUUCGGGCAAGCAUCCUGCGCCCGCCCCGCCGGGCGUUCCUGCUGCUGUGCCUGCUGGCUUGUUGCCGGUGGAGGUGUUACCUGCCCGGCCUGAUGUUCCCCUUUCAGAAAGUGCAGCUCACCCUGGCGGUAGCAAGCAGCUAACUGUUUUCCAUGCUAUUGAAGUGUUUGCGGGCAGCGCUCGUCUCACUGUGGCACUUCGUGCCGUGGGCCUGCAAGAUUCCUGUGGCGUCGAUCAUCGGAUCCCCAGGCAUUGCCCUUGUCCCAUGGUCAAACUUGAUCUCACUCGUGAUUUUGAUGUACAGCUUUUGCAUGAUAUGAUCGACAACCCUUUUUGCCUUUAUGUGCAUUUUGCACCACCGUGUGGCACGAGCUCCCGUGCUCGCCUGAUCCAAGAGACCGAUCACGAUCCCGAACCGUGUCGGGAUGAUACCUUUCCUGAUGGCCUCCCCGACCUUCCUGACCGUUUGGCUCAACGUGUGGCUGCGGCCAACCGCCUCUAUGGCGUGACCGCUGCAGCCCUGAAACGGGCGGUUCUUGCCGGCAAGCUUGUCAGCUGCGAGAAUCCCCUGAAUUCUUUCAUGUGGCAGACCACUGCGUGGCGUCAGGGCACUUCCGGUUUGUCCUUGCGGGAAGCUGUGUUUGACCAUUGUUGCUACGGGGGCAACCGCCCCAAGCAUACGUUGUGGGUGCACAACGUGCCAGCCUUCGACCAACUCAACCUCACGUGCCCUGGCGAGUCUGCCUCCCAUAAGCAUCUGCCUUGGGGUCGUGUGUCUAAGUUCCGCUAUGCUACUAGUGAGGAGACCGCUUACCCGCUUGGGUUGUGCAAGGCGGUCGCCGCGCUCCUGCUUGAGGAGCUCUGCCAGCGUGGGUUCCAGCUGCCUGCUCGUUCCCUGUCAGAUGAGGUUCGGCAGCAACAUAGCGCGGCCCAGGUCAGUCUCGGCUACCAACCCCGUGGCAAGAAGGUUGCUCCUAUGGUUGCUGAGUUCCGUGAUGUGGUCGUUGUGACAUCUGACCAUGACUUCUUGCCUGCUUCAGCCAAGCUGCCUGCGGCCGUGCCUGUUCCGCCCUCAGCCUCGUGUGACCCGCCUUUGCCAGAGCUGCCCAUGGGUUCUCGUAUAUUGCGUUGUGUUGCACUUGGGGGUGGGGAGACGCCGCGUUCUGCCCAGCCAAACGGUAGGAAUCCGGGAAACCCGAACUGCCCCGUCGAGCAGUUCGCCUCUGUGUGCCUUCAACAGAAAACUAUCUUGGCUGAUGAUGUAAUUCAGCUGUUCCAGCUCUUGAAGUCGGAUCGCUUGGCCAGAGGUGCUGGCCUGGAUGAUGAGUUUUCGUGGUCCACAGGGGCCUAUGCACAGGAUCCGAACGUGCCUGACUUGAUGGGCUGUGAGCUGAAGUUCGAGUCCAACCGGUUUAGGACGUGGGUUGGAGUACCGUGGACGUGCGAUGAGUUCAUCAAGCAAGCGCUUGAGGCUAAGCACCCACGUCUUAUGAGCUCGGGAGUUCCACCUGAGUUGCAGCAAACUAUUGACUUCUUGGCGUCGGAGGGCAUGCACGCCGUUGGUGCCAGUAGGACUGAAGCUUUACGUCAGUGGCUAGGGCGAGCCGCAGAGCUCGACGAGCAAGAACGUGUGUAUAAGGAGACACUGCCCAAGCACUGUGCGAAAACCUUGGGCAAGAAAAGGCUGCUUCUUUUCGGCGAGAUGAUUGAGGCUGCCGGCCACAAUGAUCCGUCGUUGGUUGCGGAUAUGUCUAAGGGUUUUGCUUUAGGAGGCCCGAUCCCCUACUGUCCUGAGUUCCGCGCUAAGCGUACAGCUGCCACCAUGGCGGUCGAUGACCUGCGAGGGUCAGCACAACGAAUGCGGAAGGGCAUCCUAAACUCCACCAAGAGCUCAGGAGAUGAUGUGGUGGAUGCUGAGACUUACCGAGUCACCUUGGACGAGGUGGAGCGGGGGUGGCUGGACGGGCCGCUGAAAGAGAGCGACUUGGGGGCCAGCUCUUUGUUGACCAGGCGCUUUGGCGUUGUGCAGAAUAACAAAACACGGCCCAUCGAUAACUACCUUGAAAGUGGUUUGAAUGCCACCUCUUCAUCGUACGACACAAUCACCGUGCACACCGCCGACUGCAUAGCAUCAGGUUUGGCCCGUCGACUGAGGGCCGAUGCGAAGUGCAGGUUGCAGCAACUUCUCUUGAAGUCCUGGGACCUUCACAAGGCCUACAAAAACCUUCCGCUAUCCCUGGAGGCACUAGAGGACAGCUUCUUGUGCGUCUACGACCCAAAAGGGAAAUGUCCCCGAAUUUUCCGACAAAAGGUUCUUCCGUUUGGAUCACGGCACAGUGUGCACGCAUUUUGCCGGGUGUCACUAGGGAUAUGGAAAGUCCUUGUAGUGUUGUUCUUGUGCCACAUCAACGUUUAUUUUGACGACUUUGUGGGUGUGGAGCUGGCCCCUCUGGCCCGCCUCUUCGACGUUGGUGUUUGCCUAGUAUUCCGCUUGUUGGGGUGGGAUGUCGCCGAAGACAAAGAGUCUGUGUUCGACUCCUGUGCAAAAGUGUUGGGGUUGAAGUUCGACUUGUCUGAGUCCCGUCUCGGACGUAUCACUCUGUGUAAUACGGAGUCGAGGCGAGACGAGAUCUUCGAGGCCUUGUCCGACAUCCUGUCGUCUGGUUACCUCACGCAAAAGGAUGGCGAACGCAUCAGGGGCCGACUCCAAUUUGCUGAAAACCAGAUAGCUGGAAAGGUUGCUGGAACAGCCUACAAACAACUGUCGCGGUUUGUGCUUCGAGGAGGAGGACACCUGGAUGAGUGCACCAGGGUAGCCCUGCUAAGGUUGCGCGAUCGAGUCAACUUUUCACCGCCCAGGGUGAUCUGCGCCAACAUCUUGACUACCAUGCAUCUUUAUGUCGAUGCCUCUUGUGAAGGUGAUAACGUUGGCUUGGGAGGUGUUCUUGUUAAUGAAGUGGGUUCGAAGAUGGGCUUUUUCAGUGACCGCGCGUCUGAGCAUGUGAGACGUCGCAUGAAUCCUGAGAGCGGCAACCCCAUUUUCGAGUACGAAUGCUUAGCCAUCCUUGUCGGACUCAGGUUGUGGGCUCCGCUCAUUCGCAGUACCAACCUCGUUGUGUUUACUGACAACGAGGGUGCCCUGGCCUGUAUGGUUGCCGGAAUUUCAAGCAACAAGUAUGGAGAAGCGAUUGCUCAGCAUGUUCAUGUGCUGUGUGACGAGCUUGGGCUUAACAUCUGGUUUGAACGCGUGAACACCUGCUCAAACGUGGCAGAUGCCCCCUCACGCGGCUCUAAAGAUCCGGAGCUGGGCAAAGAAUUCACGAUCGAUCUUGAUACACUCGUUGAUCACGCCUUUGAGGUCUUCCCUCUAGGGGUCGUGCAAGCUGAGACCCCGGGUGGUCUCAGCGGAUGGACACCCGCUCGUCUUCGAGCGAUUCGAGCAUCAGCUGGGAUUGGCCGCCUCUGCCUCAGCGUGCUGCAUUUCGACCAGUCCUCAUCCGGCCUCGCUGCUUCCAUCUUGACCUGCUUGAGCGCCGAGUGGCUGUUGCUUGUGGAGGCACAGCUUGCUGCAAUUCCUGACAACAUGCCUAAAUUCCCUUGGGAAACCGGAUCGUUCAAGGCCAUCUUUGGUGAGGGAAUGGCCGGUGUGUUGUCUCCACCAGUGCUGAGGCAACCUUCUCUUGUGCCCAUACCUGGGGUUGCCUCCCCUCCGCCGGAACCUGCGCCCGUGCAGAGUGCUUCUGGGAAACGCAAGCAUGCGCAUUUGUUUCAUGAGUGUUCUGCUAAAGCCUCCAGAGAUGAAAAUGCUGACAGUGAUGAGCAUUUGUGGAACAUCGCUUUGAGCAAGUGGGUUACUGUGUUCAUUUUGUGCGAACACCAGGGAAGCACGGGUGCCAUGCUUCAGGACAGCUUCUGGUCCGAGGACGGCACUGCUCGGGAAGAUAUCAUCCGUGAUGUCUUGGGGUUGAAGGCCAUCAAUUUUGCGCAUCAUGUGGUCGACAUCCCCUUUAGUGCUGAGAUCUUGAGCGACAGGAAUUGCAAGAAAGCUGCCAAGCGUGCCAUGCCACUGGCGUCAGCCAUCCUACGGAGUGCCUUGGAAGUGGAUGCUUCUUCAGGGGUAUCAUCACACUCCCUCAAGGUCACCACUCUGAACUGGUGUGGCAAGAGGGGUUUGCCCGAGUUCGAUUGUUUGAUGUUGGGUCACCAUGUCACUGGGUCCAAAUCGCGUGCGGUCUACUCACGUGAACUUCUCAGCGCACCGCUGCGCUCCUAUGUCGCCAUGCUGAAGGAAAUCAAAGCAGGGGUGUUCAAACCAGAUGCCUCCAGGUCGGGUUGGUUGUCCGACUGCGCCGCUUUUGCACCUUCACAUGCAGACUUUCGUUUUGAUAACCGGAAGCGACGUGGGAUCCUUGCUAGUGAACCUGCCGUGUCUCCCAGCGACAUGUUGGGCCCAGAUGCAGGUGCGUGCGCCCCUCGCUCCCCACAGGAGUUUCCGGAGAGCCCGCUUCUUGCACAGGAUGCACCUGGCGAGUUUAUGGAAGGUGGAGUUCGGGAUCAUGCUGAUGAUGACGUUGAUGAGACAUCCCCUCCCUCCUGGGGGGGUGCCUUGCCUGACAACACUGCCCUGCCCGGUGUUGAGUCUGAGCGCGAUGCAGGGGAUGCAAGUAGCGAUGAGUCAGAUAGCAGUAGCUCAAGUGACAGCAACGCGUCCUCAGGGCAAUCGAUUGCCGAGGAGGGCAUCCUUCGGAAUGCCGGAGCUGCCCAAAGUUUUGAUGUGCCGGGCCCGUUAUGGCAGCACAGAGGUUCAAAGAUGCUGCACAAGGCGGUGCAAGGCUCGGAGAUGACCAAGUGCUCGCGUAGAACGGGUGGGAAUGCCUACCUGUAUCUUCCUGAGGGCUCUGUGUCGAAAUGGACACGCUGCUCGACAUGUUUUCGUGGUGAACUGAUCACCUCGAAAGGCGGUAUGGUGGCUGCCUUAGACGCGCUGAGCGCACCCAGAGCAUCCACAUGCAUUUUGCCUCAAGACAGCAACAUGGCGGCCACUUCCGUGUUGGCAUCGACGCCUGCUUUGGAGAAGCAAUGUGAAAAGGUCGGCCUCUCUGAUGAAUGGACCAAGGCGAUGAUCGCUGCGCAAGUUGACACCUUGUCCAAGGUCUCCUAUGCAGUCAGCUUACCAGGCACGCCCGCGACUGACACCAACAUCGAGGACUUUGCUGGCAAACUUCGACCAGGUGUUGCUCUCUCUUUGGGCGACAAUGCAGCACUUAAGCGCUUGGUCUUUGAAGCUCAGACACUUUGCAUCGCCGAGCUUCGGAGUUCGGUGCAGGUUGGUGAAGAUGCUCCACGCAAGCUGCCGGCUGCAGAACGUGCUCUGCGGAUAGAGCAGCAAGCAGCUCGCUUGAAGGGACUGCCUCUGGCCAAAGGUGCAUGGCAAUGUGCGCACAGCCUCUACGAUCGUUUUGCUCACAUGAGAGAGACCGAAGAGCUUCGCUUUGUCCCACCUGAUGAAUGCAUCACCCGGGAUCAGGAGUUGGCCGGCAGCAAGGCACCGAAGUCUGUGCAGCUGGAUGCAAGCAAGUCGGGCCUCAUCGUGAAGGAUGAGGAAAUCACCAAUACAAUGAACAUCACCUCAGAUCACGAGCUUUACCUGAGUUUCAUGAGGCGCGCCUUGGCCAUGGAUCUCGUGGGCCUCGCCAGCUUUGAUGUGAUGCAGAAGUGGAUCGAGCGUCUGUUCGAUGUGAUGAACCAGGAUCCACCUCCAAACUUCUCCCGGGUCUCUCGUGCCCAGGUCCUUCGUGCGGAUCGCCAAGUCUUCGUCGAGCUGGCCCGUAGAGCCAAUGGAGGGCUGAAAGCCCUCACCGAUGGCUCGCUGCCACUGGAUGCAAAGUUUCGCAAUUUGCCGGGCAACACUGAGAUCAUGUACUUCUUGCUGCCGACACCGGAGAAGGGCAAGGGCAAAGGCAAAGGCAAGGGAGACAAGCGCAAGCAUUCGGGCGAUGGCGAUGAAGGUGGCGACAAGAAGAAGGCCAAGACCACUCGCGAUCCCGUGCCCAAGGCGACCUUGUGGCUGUCGCUGUUCCUACAUCGUCCACAGAUGAUGUCAAUUUUCCUUGUUCUGCCGUUGACCGUGCUUCGUUGCCUGCUGAUUUUGGUGUGCAAAGCCAGGUUGGCCACUCGUCAUCCGGAAGCAUUCCGUCAUUUGGCUAUUCCAUGUCAGCAUGUGCAUGUGUCCACUGCCACAACCACCAAUCGUGUGCCUCCAGAGGCUGUUGCUGCCUUUUACGAUGCUGUGGGGACUGCCAUUCUCGGGUUCUUGCGGUUCCCGCCCCUCGCUCCCGGCCCCACUCCCUUGCAUUUGGCACAGGUGGCUGCCGGCUUGCAGCCCCGACGUUCGCACCUUUGCCUGGUGCCUGAGUUUAAGUGCAUUGCCAAUGUUCGCCUCCCGGAGCUGCCCCCUCUUCAGGACGGCAAACUGAAGCACGAGCUGGUCGUGGGUGACGUGUGCGUGCCUGCAGGAUCCAAGCACUUACUCCCUGGUUCUCAACGGGGGAAGGAUGGCCAAGGAGCAAGUGCAGCAGUGGGGGGUGCUUAUGCCAUGGGAGGCUGUGUCGGCGUCCGAAAGAAUGCUUCCAUGUUCCCUGUGUUCACCCGAGCACUGGUCCGGUUCCUCAGGCAUCAGAUCCCCGAUGCCAGGUUUUCAUGCGUUGCUAUCUUUUGCGAUAUGUUACAGGGCAUGCACAAAGAUAUGUGCAAUCAAGAGGGUACACUCAACUAUGGGGUUGCACUUUCGGACUUUUCGGAAGGGUUUGUGUGGGCUCACGACCCGGCGGGCAAAGUUCACAAGCACACGCCAUCAGGUAAGCUGCCGGGGGUGUUGCACGACAUUGCAAAAGCCCCGGUGCGCUUUGAUGCGAGAAAGUUUCAUUGCGUCAUGCCGUGGCAUGGACAAAGAGUCGUGGUGAUUGGCUACACACCGCAAAGAGGUUGUGCCCUCAGUGCCAAAGAGGUUCGUUAUCUGCUUAGCUUAGGCUUUCCGUUGCCGUGGGUCGACACGCCGUCUCCUACUGCGCCUCCAGUCCACGAUGCACCUGUCGAGCAACGCUUGGAAAAUGUCGCCGACUCUGGUCCCGUGCACUCUAAGCUACCUUGUGCUUCUGCGGCUGCAUGCGAUACCCACUUGUACACCUUCGGUGUUUACCACUCUGAAGCCGAGUUCGUCCGCAAGGCCGUGCAGGUGGGGCAUCCGAGGAGCCUCUAUGGUAGCUUGCCCCAAGCCAUGGAGGAGUGUAUCGAUGCGUUGCUUGUCAUGCCUGAGGCUUCAGUUGUCACUAAGCGUGCGGCAUGGCUUGCGCAUUGGACGGCUCGUGCCAAGGCCAUCCAGGAGAACCCCGAUCCUGAUUGGCACAUCCAAGAUCCUGCAAUGCGCGCUAUCCUUGGACGAAAGAGGCUGCAGCUGCUUGAUGAGAUCCUUUUAUCGGAGGGUUACGGCGAUUGCACACUAGCUAGGGACAUGCACCAUGGUUUUGACUUAGUGGGAGUGGCGCCGCCUUCUGGUGUGCUGCCUGGCAAGGUCACCCCUGCUUCUCUUGAGCCUGAGGCCCUUAGCGCCAAUGCGUGUCGUGCCAAUGAUGCCUUGCGUGCAAGUUUGCGUUCUUGUGGCGAUCUGGAGCUCGAUGAGAAGCUUUGGGAGAAGACCCUGCUGGAGGUCGAACAAGGAUGGUUGCAGGGACCGCUCGAGUGGUCUGACUUAGGCCCGGGGGAGAUAGCAUCACCCCGCUUUCCUUUGUUGCAGAAUGGCAAAGUGCGCCCGAUCGACGACUACUCUCGAUCUGGUGUCAAUAGUUGCGUAACCACACUUGAGCAGCCAACCGUGGACACUGCCGACGUGGCAGCCGCCAUGUUCAGCAAACUCUCGAACGGCUUGUUGCGCAAGGGGAGGUCUGGUGCUCUCCUAGGUAGGUCUUACGACUUGACAUCCGCAUAUCGACAGCUAUGUGUGUCGAGGGAGUCGUCACGCUUUGCCAUAGUGGCAGUGUUCUGCCCAAAGGAUGGGAAAUCAUACCUAUUUCGCCAGCCUUGCCUACCAUUUGGGUCGCGUGCAUCAGUCAAUGGUUUCAUUAGGUGCUCGAGGUGCAUCCAGUGGAUCGCACUCCGGUGCUUGCUUGUGCCGCUGACGUCCUAUUACGACGACUUCAUAUCUGCGUCAACAUGCACUCUUGCUGCCAACACCGACACGACCAUGGCGAUGCUGUUUCGCCUAUUGGGCUGGCAGUAUGAUGAGGUCGGUCCAAAGGCUGACGUUUUUAGUGACCGGGUUGAAGCCCUCGGAGUGGCCUUUGAUCUUUCCGAGACAUGUUCCGGUGUGGUCAUCGUGGACAACACCCUCAGAAGGAAAGAUGCUCUAGACAGCCUAGUCAGCGAAGCACUUGCAAGGGGGACCCUCAAUCAUUCUCAAUCGCUCGAGAUGCGCGGCAAGCUGGCCUUCGCUGAUGCACAGGUCCUCGGUCACUCGGGGAAAUUUGCUCUGAAGUUGCUGUCUGCGCAUACCCAUGCGAUUCCUUUCAAGACGCGCAUUGCUGAUGACUUGAGCCGCGCUCUGAAGUACUUGAGACAAAGAAUCGUUGAGGGCUCUCCCCGGCGUGUGUUACCAACUGCCAAGGACACGUGGUUCCUUUUUACCGAUGCAUGUUUCCACGACGCUGGUGAUGGUGGUUUAGGCGGGGUGCUGGUGUCUUCCCUAGGUUCGGUGAAGUCGUGGUAUUGCCUUCCUUUGUCAGCCGAUGACAUCCAGCCUCUCAUUUCCCACACAGCCCGCACCGGGAUUGGCGAACUCGAGACAAUGGCGACCUUACUUGGCAUCCAGCUAUGGAGGGGCCAUCUACGGAGCACCAACGUGGUAGCUUUCAAUGACAACGAAGGUGCCAAGUUCGCCUUGGUCAAGGGUUACUCCAAAUCCAUGUCAGUCACCAGGAUUUGCCACGUGUGUGCGACUGUUUGUGAGACCGACAUGAUCAUGCCUUGGUUCUGUCGUGUUCCCUCAGCAUCCAACAUUGCCGAUCCGCCUUCACGCAGUAUGUCCUGCGAUGCCUUACCCGAAACCUUCAAGCUGCCCUGCGAUCAGGUGCGGCGCGCGUACCUUAGCUUGAGGGGUCGAGUCUGCAGUAUGCUCUCGUAG